CGGCGGGCGGCGGCGGGGCCUGGACUACGCUCGCCAGGGUGCCGCGGUACGCCGCCGCCCUGCGCAGGCGCGGCCCGGGGGUCCGGAGUUGUUUUUAACAGCGUCACCGGCAGCCGCAGCCGGCCGCCCCUCGUCUGUGCGGAGCCCCGCUGGGCACCGCGCUCAGGUAGGCAGCGGGGCAGCUCCUGGGGAUCUGUCGUCUUCCGACCUGGCCUCGCGUGCUUUGAAAAUGUCUGAAAAUUCCAGUGACAGCGAUUCAUCAUGUGGCUGGACUGUCAUCAAUCAUGAGGGUUCUGACAUAGAGACAGUGACUUCAGAAAAUGGAAGUACAAAUGAUAGCCAUGAGUUUGUUUCAGAAGAAUAUGUUUCUUUGCAAGAAGAGGAGCAACCAAUUGAUUUGCAAGCUCAGUGCAACAAUGAUGGAGAGUUACCAGUGGUAGAUAAUACUCUGUCUGCUUUUGAGGAGACACAGACAGUUCCAGAGGGAAACAACGUAGAGAUCCUUGAUGAUGUGUCCUGCAUGGGAACUGUCAGCGAUGAUUCUGACAUUGUUACCCUUGAAGCUCCAAAACCAGAAGAAACCCAAAGUCAGGAAGAAGCUCCAGCUGAGAGUGAAGAAGCUCAAAUUUCAGAUUUUAACAUGGGUUCCUCCUCCAGCAGCCAGUAUGCAUUUUCUAAUCUAGAAACUGUCAGUUUGCUGGAGAAGCUGAGGAAGAUUCCUGAUUGUGUAAGGGGAUGGGGAAAUGAGGUGAAAGAGCAUGUGUCUCGCAGUCUUCCUUUUCAAGUUUUUUCAUCUCAGGCUAGCAAUGCUGAGUCAAGUAGCGAUGAAGCCAGCAAUCAGUCUGGUCCCACCGUACGAAAACGUCGGGCGAAGAAGAGGCUGAUCUCCAGCUCUGAGGCUGACAGUGGGUCACUUCCUGAACAGGAAUCUGAACCUUCCAGAGAAGAGCAGCACAAACGCCAGUUCAGUAGUGGCCUUAACAGAUGCAUCAUACUAGCUUUGGUGAUUGCAAUCAGCAUGGGCUUUGGGCACUUCUAUGCUGAACAGCUCAUAGUAAGUACUUGGCAGAAGUUGCAAGAAAGAUCUUUCAUCUUUUUAGGUACAAUACAGGUACAGAAACGUCAGCAGCUGGUGACAAAGACACAUGAAUUAAAAGAUAUGAAAGAUGACCUUUAUCAGUGCCAACAAGAGCAAGGAGAUAAAAUGCAUCAUAAAAUGGGGUUACUCAAGGGAGAUCUUGCCACGUGUUUGACCUCUACUGAGGUAGAGAAGAAAUCCUUUGAAUCUCAAAAAAAAAAUCUUGCUGAUGAAAAUCAACACUUAAGAGAAUCUCUAGAGAGGGAAGAAAAAGCUUUGGCCUCCCUUCAGGAAGAGUUAAGGAAGCUAAGACAACAGAUUAGAAAUUUGGAAGAUAAAGGUACUAGCACCGAGUCUAUUGUAAUGGAAAAUCAGAAACUAAGGGAGCAUUUGGAAGAGGAAAAGCAAAGAAAUCACAACUUUCUUAGGCAAAAGGAAACACUCUUUGCAGAGGCACAGAUGCUAAGGAGAGAACUAGACAAAGAACGUCAUGUUACAGAAGCUCUGAAAAAAGAACUGGAGCAGUUAAGUUCUCGUCAAACACCCAACAGUGCUGCUGCUGCUGAUACAUUAAGAGAAAAUGAAGAAAUAGAAACUUUGAGAGAAAGACUCGUAGAACUAGAAAAAAAGCUAAACUUCGAGCAACAACGUUCUGACUUAUGGGAGAGGCUGUAUGUAGAAGCAAAAGACCAAACUGAAAAACAAGAAAUGAAUGGAAAAGGCCAAAAGAAAGGUGCUAAAUGGCAAAGUAAGGCUAAAAAGAAAUCAAAAGAGUCAUUUUUUGGUUCAGUUAAAGAAACUUUUGAUGCUAUGAAAAAUUCCACGAAAGAGUUUGUAAGACACCAUAAAGAAAAGAUUAAGCAGGCUAAAGAAGCAGUGAAAGAAAACCUGAAAAAAUUCUCUGACUCCGUAAAGUCUACAUUCAGACAGUUCAAAGAUACCACAAAAAACAUCUUUGAUGAAAAGAAGUCAUCAAAUGCUAAAAGACCCGAGGCAAACAAGAAAGCACGAACUUUUUACAGAGACCACAACUCUUACGAGAACCAGAAACACACACAUUACAGGGGACCUAACAUGCCAAAAGAUUUCAAAGACGGAAGAAAACGGCCGUUUACGUUUGAAAAAGACACAGAUCCACAGAAAUGUCUCGGCGAUCCUUUGUGUAACAGAAAGCAUCAGUAUGUCCUAAAGGGCUGCUCUGGUAUUUUCGAAUGUGCUCAUCAAGAAUUCAUUAGUCUCUUUAACAGAGUGUCAGAUCCUAUCAGGGUGGAUGAAUUUAAUCGGCUCAUGAAAAAAUACUUGCAGCAAGUUGUACAUAACUUUCACCAUUGGAGAGAACUAGAAAAUUUCAUCAAUAAAUUUUUUCACAAUGGCUUAUUUAUACACGACCAGAUGCUCUUCACUGAUUUUGUUAAUGAUGUCAAGGAUUACCUGGAAGAUAUGAAGGAAUACCAAAAUAAUAACGAAAAUAUUUUUGAUGAUUUGGACAAAUACAUCUACAGAUACUACUUCCAUGAUGAUAAUUCACCCCAGCAUGGACCGAGUCGACCUAAAAGACCACCUUUUACACAAACUGAAAACUCCAGACAUGAAAAACAAGCUCAGAAGUACCACUACCGUAAUAAAAGAGAAGGUAAAUGGCAUAAAUAUGGUCGCACUAAUGGAAGACACAUGGCAAACCUUGAAAUAGAAUUGGGGCAAUUACCCUUUGAUCCAAAAUAUUGAGUAAUUUAUGGUAAGAUUAGAAUUCACAUCCUCUCCAGAAAGUAAUUGUUUUUCAGCAAAGCAGCAAGAUGCAAGCUUUUUCUCUACAUAAUUUGAUUUUUACACAUUUUUGUUAAAAGGCAGAGGUCAAGCUUUCUAAUUUGCAUAUUCUGUACUGUUGCUUUAACUGUUCUUUGGAAGUGCUGAGUUCAGGUGUCAGCAGUAUUGCUACAGAAACUAGGCAUGCAAUGACUUGUGUAUGAAAAAUAUGCUUAAUUGCAUUACAUUAGUGUAGUUCAAGCUUGAGUCAUGCAUAAUGUACGAAUAAUUAACACCAAAGUUUGAUAUACUAACUUCAUCUCAUCCUUCAAAAAAUAGGUCUACAUUAUGGUAAUAUAUUUGUUAGUGUUCUGUAAUCUCACACUUGCUUCUUGUCUUUGGGGGGGGGGUGGGUGGGUGUCAAGAGCUUGUUAAAUUGUGAAGAAUUUGCUGUGCUGCAUUCUAAUCAGCUUUAAGCACUUGAAAUGCAUAUUGUGUAAAAAAAAUAAAGAGACAUUGUGGGUAAAAGACUUUAUUUAUAAAACAAACCUAGCAUUAGUUGUACAGUUCUAUAAAAAUGGUCCAGUCUUGUUGACUUUCUUAUGAAGUAGUUACAUGACAACUUUGGUUUUCCUGAUGCUUUCUAGUGUUGUAAGGGCACACAUCACUCCCACCCAUUCAUGCUGCUAAUGAAGUUGCCUUCAGGAAGAAGUUUGUUUUCAGACAGCCAGAGGCUGCUUAAUCAGACUUCCCCCUUUGACUUACCCGGUUUUUAGAUUCUAUACUCACUGCAGUACAGGAUCUUCUAAGCCAUAGUACUGCUGUGCAAAACUGAUCUUACUAGGUCUUCAGUCCAGAAACUGAUCUUCAAGUGUCAUCCAUUUCAUGUUUUCUUCCUGUAAACGUAGAUCUGGCUUCCAACUCGUCCCUGAGGUACAUGAGUGUGAAAGACAGUGGCUGUUUUCUCAUAGCCCCUUAAAGCUAGAAAUGAUGAGAUUUCCUGUAAAUGAACAUACAUUAAUUUCCACAGUCAGGAAGUGUCACUGGGGGCUUCAGAAAAGUAUUCCAGAGUCUUCUGAAAAUUAUCAAUACCAUUGCACCCAUAAAAUUUUAUCCUCUACUUUAGGAAAGGUACCUAUACUGUUUAAUCUCAUCCAUCGUGGGUAUUUACCAGACACUUGCUUUCAGUUUGUGUGCUUCAUAAAAUAAUAGAGGGGAAAUGGUGCCCUGACAACAGGCUUUUUGCUUGUCACUGUAGGUUACUUAAAAGUAUAUGGUUCUGGGAACAGAUGGCACAUUUAUUUCAGUAUGGCUUGAGAAGAGUUCCAUGAAAUAUUACUUGAUGCUGUGUAGAGUCACAGAGAGGGGGCAUACCUACAUGUUAAGUACCUAUCACUGAAAGGGCAUUAUGAACUGCAGGGUUCAAUUUUAAGCUGUAUUUUGAAAACUUGAGGACAGUUUUAGAAAAGUCUUAGCUAUUAACACUCCCCUAAUUUAUUUUUAGUGAUCUCAGAAGUAGUUUGCUUCAUCUUGCAGUUACCAUACCUGUUCUAGUAUGCUGAAGAAGAUCAAGUGACUAGGUAAUAAUGUGUCGUCAUAAAACUCCUUGUUAAGCCAACCCACUGGAUUAGAGUAAAAUACAUCUGCUUCAUCAAUAUAGUUCUCAUUUCCAGUUAGGUCUGGGGGACACUGAAGGAAUCGCAUUUUUAGAGGGCAGUGAACAUGACUAAGGAGAAAAAAAGAACAACAAAAUAGACCCCACUUGAGGAUAAACUGGCCAGUAUCAAAGAUCUGAAAUGACUCACCACUUAAAGAUACCUCAGUCAAAACCAAAACGGAAUAAUUAGUUGUGUUUUUCCCCUAAAGUCCUAUUUUCUUCCCUCUGUACUUCACAUGAAAGCAAAAGUAGAACAAAUGCUGUGACUAUUGGUUCACAAAAAGCAGAUACAUUUAAUACCUGCAUAAAAUGACUUAAUUAAAAAGUACUUUCCCAUAUCAGCUACACUGCUUAUACCUGCUUUAAUGUUUUCUUUACUGGCCACAAUCUAUUAAACUUUUGAAAGUAGUGGCCUCUGUCAUUGUAUGUUGAAAUUACAUUUCUUUAUGCUCUAGCAUAGUUUGAUAGCACAAUUAGCCUUUACUUUUUCUACAAAGGUUACCAUAAUGGAGCUCAUACUCAAAAUGAGUGAGUUUCAAAAGUCAGAGAAGUCAUUGCAAAUCCUACCACAAAGCUAUUUUACAAAAACUGAAUAAAGCUUAGGUGCUGAACUUUAUUCUGUGCUACAAGCAUCUGGCUUAUUUCCCCUAUUCAUUCUGUAUGGAAAAUAAAAACUCAUCCCGUGUAUGUUUAUCCAUCUCAAUCUAUUAAGCUUAGGGAAAAAGGUAUUUUUUUCCUAAGUGUAUAGAUUUUAAUAUAGUAUACUGUGAACUAUUUUAUUACCUGUAAAAUGGAGUAGAGUGGCAUGGCAUCAGGAUGAAGACAGAAGCUUGUGACUGGUAAGAAUCAUUACAGAGUUGCUGUAUGUGACUCAUAACAUCAAGAGAGCCUCGCUGGUGAAUCAAGCCUGUAUACAGAGCUGGGAGUAAAUUUGAUAGAAGUAGGCAACUUGCUGCAGAUUUCUUCCAUGUUUUCAGAUGUUUCAAAGAAUAUCCUACAGGAAAAUUUGAAUAAGUUUUAGAGAUAAGCAAACACUAACAGUACUCCACAGUAUUUCUGAAAGUACCCUAACUUAGUGGAAAACCUUUACUCAGUUGAUAGCAAUCCUUUGCAUUUAGAUAUUUUAAUACAAUGUUCUUUUACUCUUUGAAUGGAAAUUGAGGUUAGGUUUUGACCUUAUUAAUGUUUGGAUUUAACAGUGUAAUGUUAAGCCCGUACCUGUCUUCUGAAGUACAGAAAUACAAUUUCAAAGUCAGUGCUUUGUCUCUUUAGAGAUUAAUUUUAACUUUUUUUUUUUGUGGGGAAAAGAGUCUGUUGAGUAGUUGGGAUGAAUGAUACACAGUGAUUUAAUGUUGCAUUCAGAUUCCUGUAUGUUCAAGUAGAGCCAGAAUAAAUGGUAACUACAUGUGCUUUGGAA